AUGGGGGCCUUUGUCAUUGCGUCUGGUGCUAUUCUGGGAGUCGGCGCUUCCAUGCUGUGGGUAGUACAGGGGGCCAUCAUGACCACUUAUGUCGCCGAAUCCCAGAAAGGUCGUGCUAUCGCCGUCUUCUGGAUCAUAGUCAAUCUCGGAGGUGGCGUGGGCAGUCUCGCAUCGUUCGGCCUCAACUUCCACUCCAAGUCAGGUACCGUCUCCGACUCGACAUACAUUGCAUUGAUGGUCAUCAUGCUCUUCGGCUGGGGUCUGGGGCUUUUCAUUUGCUCGCCCAAGCGCAUUCACCUUGCGCAGCUCCACGCCGCGGUGGAAAGUGAGAAGCACUCGUGGAAGGCCACGAUCGACAUUGCAGUGAAAACGAUGGCCAGUUGGCGUGUCUUUUGCAUGCUGCCAUUGUUCUUCUGCGCCAACGUGUUCUACUCGUACCAGCAGAACCAAGUCAACGGCAUGACUUUUAACAUUCGGACUCGCUCACUGAACGGGUCUCUCUACUGGAUCGCACAGAUGCUGGGUGGCUUGCUCGUUGGCGUCAUUCUUGAUCUCCCUUUCCUCACACGGCCUAUGCGAGCUCGCGUUGGCUGGGUCGUUCUGUUCGUCACGGGCAUGUCCAUCUGGGGAGGAGGAUAUGCAUUCCAGAAAUGGCAGGACAGGCGUCUCGCCGCCGGACUCAAGCAAGACAUCGACUACACUCAGGGCUCCCGAUCGACCGGGCCUAUCUUCUUGUACAUCUUUUACGGGGCGUACGACGCACUGUGGCAAGGGUUCUGUUACUGGCUCAUUGGAACGGAGUCAAACUCGACCUCGCGAGCGGCCAUUCUGGUCGGAGCAUACAAGACCUUCCAGGCGACGGGCGGUGCCAUGGCGUGGAGAAUUAACGCCCUGCAUAAGAGUCCCAUGACGCAGCUUGGUAUGAACUGGGGUUUGUCAAUGGGAGCCUUGGUGAUUGGCCUGCCCACAGUCUGGACCGUCACGACCAGGACGAACGAGAAGCCCGUGCGAGAGCAAGAGCUGGAGAUGAAAAUUCAAGAGGUCGAAUCCCAGACGGGCAAGGAGUGA